CGAUCAAGUGUUUCUCGUAUUUUUUUUUUUUCACUAGCGCGAAAACAUGACGGAAGCUACAAACCUACUGGCUCUACUCCAACGGCCUUUGGAACCAACAUUUCUACCGAAAGACGACGGCAAAACGGUCAUAGAUGUUCCGGACGACUUCCUAACCGAUCGUUAUCGUCCUAUUGGUGCCGAAUUGCAAUCACGGUUCUCCAGCGAUGCUGAGCAACGGAUCCCCGUUCGCAGCACGGCUCCCCCGGAUCUCUCGUUCGCCGAUGGAAUCGACCGUCGUGGAGCGUUUUCUCUGUUCAUUCCGAAACAUCGAGAUGCUGCGGCCGCGUUAAUCACUUUGUUCGUGCAACAGCCCGAUGUGUCGUCUUUGAUGAGUGUGGCAACUUAUAGUCGGGAUCGGUUGAAUCCGAUCCUGUUUCAGUAUGCCUUGGCCGUAGCUAUUCAACACCGCCCAGAUACCAAAAACGUGAAUAUUCCAUCGAUUGUCUCUUUGUUUCCGGAUCAAUUCGUGGAUCCGGCUGUGUUUCCAAAGCUGCGUGAAGAAGGGUCCGUGGUUCAGCGAGCAAACAGAAUGGUGAUCGACAUACCACCAAACUACACGGCUUCCGACCGCGAGGAAGAACAACGUUUGGCUUACUUUAGAGAAGACAUCGGGGUCAAUAUGCACCACUGGCAUUGGCACUUGGUGUAUCCUGGAGAUGGUCCUGAUGAGGUAGUUCGCAAGGAUCGUCGAGGUGAAUUGUUCUUCUACAUGCACAGCCAGUUGAUAGCUCGGUACAAUGUUGAACGUUUCUGUAACCGUCUGGCACGAGUGAAAAGUCUGACGAAUCUACGCGAGGCGAUUCCCGAGGCGUACUUCCCCAAAAUGAUUCGAAGCACAAAUGCUCGAUCCUAUCCAGGGCGACAUGCCAACAUCACUUUGCAAGAUGUUAACCGCGUAGACAAUAACACCAAUGUCCAGGUGAAUGAUCUUGAGCGCUGGCGCGAUCGCAUUCUUGAGGCUAUUGAUCAAGGGUUUGUGUUGGAUACCCAAGGUAAUCGUAUUCCAUUGGAUGAAACUAAGGGAAUUGACAUUCUGGGAGAUAUCGUGGAAGCUUCAAGCUUGACACCGAAUCAACGAUUGUAUGGAAGUCUUCAUAACAUGGGUCAUAACGUCAUUGCGUACAUCCACGACCCAGACUAUCGCUAUUUGGAGGAUUAUGGCGUUAUGGGUGAUGUUACCACCGCAAUGCGUGAUCCUAUUUUCUACCGCUGGCAUGGAUUUAUCGACGAGGUGUUCCGUCGCCACAAGGACUCACUCACUCCAUACAAGUCGGCUGACCUGUCUUUCCCAGGAGUUACCGUCAACUCCGUUGGAGUUCAGCUGAAUCGUCCCAACACACCUGCAAACGUUCUGCUGACUUACUGGCAACGAUCGCAGGUCGAUCUGGCUUCGGGUCUGGACUUUGGGCCCGAGGGUAACGUGUUUGCUUCGUUCACCCAUCUGCAGCACGCUGCAUUUGCAUUCCGAGUGGAGGUCAACAAUGACACCGGCAGUGUUCGGCGGGGUACGUUGAGAAUAUGGUUGGCGCCCAAGGUGGACGAGCGUGGUACACCGUUGACGUUCCAGGAGCAGCGAACGUACUUCGUGGAGAUGGAUACAUCUACCGUAAUGUUGAAUCCCGGAGUUAACACAAUCGUUCGUCGAUCUGAUGAGUCCAGCGUAACUAUUCCUUACGAGCGUUCGUUCCGCGCCGUAGGCACCGCCUCGCAGCCUACCGAUCCCAAGGCACUCGCCCAGUUCCGGUUCUGUGGCUGCGGAUGGCCCCAGCAUAUGCUCGUCCCGAAGGGAGCCGUGGGCGAUGGCAUCGAGUUCGAUAUUUUCGCCAUGGUCACCGACUACACUGCUGACGCUGUGAAUCAAACGUCCGAUACCCUUGGACCAUGUGACGAUGCGCACUCGUUCUGCGGUUUGCGUGACAAGCUGUAUCCAGACCGGCGAGCGAUGGGAUUCCCCUUCGAUCGCAAAGUGGAGGCAUCGGUAGCCACUCUGGACAACUUCGUCAGCCCCAAUUCAAACAUGAAGACCAACACUAUUCGUGUUCGGUACACCAAUACGAUCAUCGCUCGAGCUUAGACCUCCCAUCCAGUAGAAAUAACGAAACAUAAAAUUGUAUACUCGGAAUUGAUAUCUAAUAAAUUUAAAACAUUCACAUCUCAAA